AUGAACUACCAAAUGCCCCCUUUCGAGCCCUUGCAUUUUGUCCCCGCAAAAGACAGGCAGAUAAUGCUGGACUUUCCUAUUUGGAGAGUCGAUGCCGUCGCCCAUGACCCGCUUGAUAAUGGCGGCAAUCAUUGGUGUUUCUAUCUCAACGUUACGGACACCACUUCGGUACAGAUUGACAUGGCUCCGUCAUACAAUGUUCCUGGUUCCACAAACCCCAACGGCAGCAAGGGCAUUAUGAUCGUUAGCUACUUAGAGCAUGCUGUCUCGAUAUUGACCACUACACAGAAAGCCGUGCGAAUGGAAGCUCGCCCUGAGUGCAAAGCGCGAGAUUUCCCGACUUAUUAG